AUAAUCUCUGUGAACGUUGCAUCACUACACGUGAAGUUAGAGUAUCCGCAUCUCUUCUAAAACUUUUUGGUGAAAUUGAAUCGAUAUAACGCGUAAAUAAUCAAAAUGCUAACCGCCGCAAAAUUGUUCACUCGAAGCUGUAGCAAUGUCACUUGCGAUAUUGCUAGGAGACAACAAUUUAGCACAAUUCUUAAAAAUGUUGCAGCUCCUGCCUAUAUUACACCUCAACGAUUUACAGAUCUUCAUCAAUAUCGACACAAAUCUGAAGGUGUAAAAGGUGCGGUUAUUGGAAUUGAUCUCGGUACUACAUUUUCAUGUGUAGCGGUUAUGGAAGGGAAACAAGCAAAAGUAAUAGAAAAUGCAGAGGGUUCGCGAACAACACCAUCUUUUGUGGCGUUUAGUAAAGACGGCGAACGCUUAGUUGGUAUGCCAGCUAAGCGUCAAGCAGUUACAAAUUCAGCAAAUACAUUUUACGCUACAAAGCGAUUAAUUGGGCGAAAAUUUGAGGAUGCUGAAGUAAAAAAAGAUAUGAAAACUGUUUCAUAUAAAAUUGUGCGAGCUUCUAAUGGAGACGCAUGGGUACAAGGAGGUGAUGGUAAAAUGUACUCUCCUAGUCAGAUUGGUGCGUUCGUUCUCAUGAAAAUGAAGGAAACAGCUGAAUCAUAUUUGAGUACACCAGUAAAAAAUGCUGUUAUCACUGUACCUGCAUAUUUCAAUGAUUCACAAAGACAAGCUACAAAAGAUGCUGGUCAGAUUGCUGGCCUUAACGUACUUAGAGUAAUAAACGAACCGACAGCAGCUGCUCUUGCAUAUGGCAUGGAUAAAACAGAAGAUAAAAUCAUCGCAGUAUAUGAUUUAGGAGGUGGUACUUUCGACAUUUCAAUUUUGGAAAUCCAGAAAGGAGUGUUUGAAGUGAAAUCCACAAACGGAGAUACCUUUUUGGGUGGGGAAGACUUCGAUAAUACCUUAGUUAAUUACCUCGCGUCAGAAUUUAAGAAAGAUCAAGGCAUAGAUGUAGCAAAGGAUGCAAUGGCUAUGCAACGGUUGAAAGAAGCGGCCGAAAAAGCAAAGAUUGAAUUAUCCAGUUCUCUUCAAACUGAUAUAAAUUUGCCUUAUCUAACUAUGGAUGCUAAUGGACCAAAACACUUGAACCUCAAACUUUCUCGAAGUAAAUUCGAAAGUCUUGUAGGCGAUUUGAUCAAACGUACUCUUCAGCCGUGCCAGAAAGCACUUUCUGAUGCUGAAGUAUCGAAAUCUGAUAUUGGUGAAGUGUUGUUAGUCGGUGGUAUGACCAGAGUGCCUAAGGUUCAACAGACAGUACAAGAAAUUUUUGGUAGACAGCCAUCGAAGGCUGUAAACCCUGAUGAAGCUGUAGCUGUCGGUGCUGCAGUCCAAGGUGGUGUACUUGCCGGAGAUGUAACAGAUGUUCUUCUUUUGGACGUUACACCACUAUCUCUUGGUAUUGAAACGCUAGGUGGUGUUUUCACAAGAUUGAUUUCUCGAAAUACGACUAUUCCUACGAAGAAAAGUCAAGUGUUUUCCACAGCAGCCGACGGUCAAACUCAAGUAGAAAUUAAAGUUCAUCAAGGCGAGCGAGAAAUGGCUAACGAUAAUAAACUUUUGGGACAGUUCACUCUUGUCGGUAUACCACCCGCGCCUAGGGGUGUACCGCAAAUAGAGGUCACGUUUGACAUCGAUGCUAACGGCAUUGUUCAUGUGUCUGCUAGGGAUAAAGGAACUGGCAAGGAACAACAAAUUGUUAUCCAAUCGAGCGGCGGUCUUAGUAAAGAUGAAAUCGAAAACAUGGUGAAAAAUGCCGAACAAUACGCUAGAGAAGACAAAAUUAAAAAAGAUAGAGUCGAGGCUGUUAAUCAAGCCGAAGGAAUUAUUCAUGACACAGAAUCUAAGUUAGAAGAAUUCAAAGCCCAGUUACCUGAAGAGGAAUGUAAUAAACUCAGAGAAUUAGUUUCAAGAAUGCGAGAAACUUUGGCUAAGAAAGACGAUGUCGAACCUGACGUAAUUAAAAAAGAAACAAACGAAUUGCAACAAGCGAGUCUUAAACUAUUCGAAAUGGCGUAUAAGAAAAUGGCCGCGGAACGCGAAAGCCAAAGUCAAAGUCAAAACCAAAACCAAAACGAACAAGACGAUGGAGCCCAGAAGAAAGAGGAGAAGAAUUAAUUGUGUUUAAGUUAACAUGUAUUUCAGAUAAAAGAAAUUUAUUGCACACAGCUAUAAAAGCAUCAAUGUAUAUCUUACAUGCUCAAGAACUCUCAUGUAAAAGUUAACAAAAUUUUGCAACAUAGUAUUGUUAGUUUUUUUAUUUUUAUUUUUGAGCAUGUAUGGUUGUAAGUCAGAAAUAUUAAUUUGAAUUUGCAGAGUGAAGUACUGAUAAAACUUCUUCAAUCGGACAAUUACAAAUGUGUUACUGCCUUAUAACUACGUAAAUAUUUGUAAACUAUUCCAAAUAUGGCAUAAAUUGUAACAACUUUACAAACAUUUCAUUUUAAUCUGAACUAACGAAUUUAUUCGAACCGCUGAAUAUGCAAAAAUAAUCUUGUGAGGUCAAUUUAUAAAUUCUGUACAUAAUUAAUUUCAUCACAGAAUUUGCCGAUAGCAGGUUCUUUUUCACUCUGUGCAGAAAGUAUCCGGUGAUAUACUUUUUUGUAAGUGUUAAAUACUUGGCCUCGCGAGACAACUAUGAAAAUUGAUAGCUCGACAAGCUGUCACAAUUACGAAACAUUGUAAGUAGAAUUGUAGUAAUUCAUCCAGUAUGAGUGCGAAGAAGAUAUGAACAUGAGAGAAUGUGAUGUAUGCUCGGUACAAAACAGAAUUAUUCUAUAAGAAGUACCACGACAUGUAGAUUAUGUUAGAAGCUAUUGUACCAUGAUGUAACCAUGUUAUUAAAAUUUUUUAUUUGAAUAACUGACCUUAUAGAACAUAAUUUAAAUAAUUCGAUUAAAACUGAUAUGUAUAUAUUUCACAUGUAAAUGUAUAUGCAAUAAUUUUAUUUUUACGUGUGUGAAAAUAAAACUCGUGUCAAGCGAAUAGUUCCGGAUUUCGUAUAUGAAUACCAUAAAACGAGGUACAAUAUAUAAAAAAAACGUUACUAAUAAUUUACCAUUUCCAACAAUUUUGAUUUGGAUUUGAAUAUGAUUCUAGCAAUUUUCGCAUUUUAAAUAAUAAAUUAUUUCAGAAGCAAUCAAUAUUAAAUUCCGGAAGCGAUUAUAGUCCGAGGAUUGCACAAAAUAGUUAACAUCGAAACUCGAAACACUUGAUUCAGUGCCCCUAUACGUAUCUAAGUUUGGCUAAAUCAGAAGUUUACUUCUUGUUUGGUACCCACCAUUUCAUAAAAGAUAAAGAUAAUGUUCGGUAAUCAUGAUCUAAGAACAAGUAAUAUCAAAACCGACACCGGUAUCGAUUUUAUUGAUAACAGUUUAUAAAUUCAAAUACAUAUAAAAAAAAAUUGAUACCAAUUUUAGUAUUGAUAUCACAAAAAUAUAUCAACAUCUAUACGAUAUUUACGCAACGGCGUACGUUUAAUUAUUCUUAUAUAAUGUUAUACAGAAUGGAUAAUUAUUAUAAAAGCAUGACUAUGUAUGUUUGGGGGCACAUUCAAAGUUAUCAAAGUUGUUUCUUCGACUCUUGUAUAGAUUCUAUAUAGAUUUUUCUGAUCUAC